AUGCUCCGCUCGUGGCUUUCCGCUGUGUGUUACACAGUGCUGAUCCUAGCCGUCUUCAACGCCGGUCACUUCGCUGCUGCAGACGAAUGGGAUACCAAAGUUGACGAGAUCAUGGCCAACUUCAGCAGCGUCGACAUUGUCGGCCAGAUGACCCAGAUCGCUGGCUACGGCUUGAUCAAUUCGACGUACCAGCUCGAUGAAGAGGCCGUCCGUGACUUCGCCAAGUAUCAUGUCGGCUCGUACCUAAGUCCUCCCAUGUCUUCAUUAGGAGAGAUCGACGGCAAGUGGGGUUGGACAACGGCUCAGAUGCAAGAUCGCCAUGGAGGAGAACGGCGGCCACCCGAUGGCACCGAUUCCGCUCACGGCAACGCACUGGUGACGGACACGGUGUUUUUCGGCCAGCAGAUCAACGGCGCCGCCACAUUUAACCCCGAUCUGCUGUACGAGCAAGGACGAAUCACUGCCCGCGAUACGCUUGCUGCUGGCAUCCCCUGGAUCUUCGAUCCUGUGCUGGACAUCAUGCACAGCCCGUUGUGGCCCCGUGUGUAUGAAACGUUCGGAGAGGACCCGCACCUGGCUUCGGUAAUGGGCGCCGCUGUUGUUCGCGGUAUUCAGAGUUACAACGAGUCGGCUGCGUGUAUGAAACACUGGAUUGCGUACGCCUGGAACCCCACCGGUCACGACAAGGACGGCGUCACGAUGUCGGACUUUGACAACUAUAUCUCCGUGAAUGGUGUACCCAUCGUGGAGAACACAAAGCUGUUGAAAACGCUUCUCCGUCAUGACCUGCAGUUCGAGGGCUUGAUGGUGACGGACUAUGGGGAGAUCAACGCUCUGCAGAACUUCCACCGUACGGCGCGUACUGAGAACGAAGCCACCAAGUUCUCGCUUGAGCGUACGUCGAUCGAUAUGAGUAUGGUGGCCUCGGAUUUGUCCUUCACUAACGGCACGAACAAGUUGCUGGAGGAAGAUCCAGAAAUCUUGGAUCGCCUGAAAGAGUCUGUACGCCGCGUCAUCAAGCUCAAGCUCAAGCUUGGUUUAUACGAUAACCCGAUGUCUGGUGAGGAAUAUCUCGACAUGGUCGGUAACGAUGACGAUGUGGCUGCCGCUCUGGAUGGUGCCCGUGAAUCGAUUGUACUGCUACAGAACAACGACAGCACAUUGCCCCUUGCGAAGGACGCGUCAGUCUUCCUGACUGGUCCCAUCGCUCACGACAUGGAACGCCAGUGUGGUGGCUGGACUCUGCAAGUGCAAGGUGUGUCCGGUAACGAUAUGUUCUCGCACGGAGUGUCGGUCAAGCAAGGUCUGGAGGCGAUUGCCGGUAAUGGCUCGAUCACUUACUUUAACGGUUUGAACAUCACCGGCAACUACCCGGACAGCGACUUGGCUAUUGCCAAACAGUACGCAGCUAAGGCGGAGUACACGGUUGCUGUCAUUGGAGCUCGCGUCGACUGGUACUAA